AUGUCGAGUGAUGAUAAAAACAAACCUAGUGAACCCAAGAAUGAGACCAAGCAAUGUGAUCCCAGGUGUGAACAAAGGUGUGAGACUAAAUGCCAGCCCAGCUGUUUAAAGAAGCUGCUGCAACGGUGCUCUGAAAAGUGCCCACGGGAAAAGUGCCCAGCACCACCGAAGUGUCCCCUGUGUCACCCAUGCCCCCCACUGUGCCCUCCACCAUGCCCAUGCCCAGCUCCCUCCCCUCCCAAGCCAUGUUCCAAGCCCUGUCCUCCUAAAUGCCCACCACCUUGCCCACCCCCAGAGUGA